UGUUUUGAUUAUUUCUGUGUAAUUUAAAUGUGAAAAUGGCCUCGGAUAAGAUAAAAGUAGCCGUUCGGGUUCGUCCUUUUAGUAGGCGAGAACUCGAACUUGGGACGCAAUGCGUGGUGGAAAUGGAGAACCAGCAGACAAUUCUACAGUACCCGCCAUCACCACACGAGAAAGAAAGAAAACAGCCAAAGACUUUUGCCUUCGAUCACUGCUUCUACUCCCUGGACCCUGCGUUGAACCACUUCGCUUCACAGAAGACUGUCUUCGAAUGCCUCGGCCGCGACAUCUUGGACAAUGCCUUUGACGGAUACAACGCUUGCAUAUUCGCUUACGGCCAGACAGGAUCAGGGAAGUCAUAUACAAUGAUGGGCUCACCAGGCCCUGACGAAGGCGGUAUCAUACCUCGACUCUGCGACGCUCUUUUCGACAGAAUCGCCAAACAGCAGAAUCCACCAGCUCUUACUUACAAGGUGGAAGUAUCCUAUAUGGAAAUCUACAACGAGCGAGUCCACGACCUUCUAGAUCCAGAAACUACGAGGCGAUCGCUGCGUGUACGCGAGCAUGCUGUAUUUGGACCCUACGUGGACGGGCUGUCGCAGCUUGCUGUUACUUCUUUUCAAGAUAUAGAUAAUCUCAUGACGGAAGGGAACAAAUCCAGAACAGUAGCCGCAACGAACAUGAAUAGCGAAUCUUCGCGAUCGCAUGCAGUAUUUAGCGUUGUGUUGACACAGACACUAUGUGACGCGGCGACUGGAGUGUCGGGGGAGAAAGUCGCGCGACUGUCGCUGGUUGAUUUGGCAGGGUCGGAGAGGGCAGUCAAGACUGGUGCGGUGGGUGACAGGUUAAAGGAAGGAUCCAAUAUUAACAAAUCAUUAACAACACUGGGUCUCGUGAUAUCGAAGCUAGCAGAUCAGUCGUCAGGCAAAGCGAACAAAGACAAGUUCGUACCCUACAGAGAUUCAGUACUCACGUGGCUCUUGAAAGACAACCUUGGUGGCAAUAGUAAGACUGUUAUGGUAGCAACUAUAUCCCCCGCUGCAGACAACUACGAAGAGACACUAUCAACUCUUCGAUACGCCGACAGAGCGAAGAGGAUCGUCAACCACGCUGUUGUCAACGAGGACCCGAACGCUCGCAUCAUCAGGGAGCUGAGACAGGAAGUGGAGGCGCUGAAGGAAAUGCUUAAAUAUGCUACGGGUUCACCGGUGGGUGACGACGUACACGAGAAGCUAGCGCAGAGCGAGCACUUGAUGAAGGAAAUGUCAAGAACUUGGGAAGAGAAACUCGUUGAAACAGGUCGAGUACAAAGCGAACGUCAACAAGCGUUGGAGAAGAUGGGCAUCAGCGUUCAGGCGAGCGGUAUCAAAGUGGAGAAGAACAAAUACUACCUGGUCAAUUUGAACGCUGAUCCUUCGCUGAACGAGCUCUUGGUUUACUAUCUGAAGGACCGAACACUUGUCGGCGCAGACAGAUCCGCUGACAUUCAACUGUCAGGUCUUGGUAUCCAGCCCCAACACUGCGACUUACUUGUAGAAGGAGUUGCCCUCUUUAUGGAACCUCUGAAUGGAGCCAGGUGUUUCGUCAAUGGCACUCCAGUUGUGUCUAGAGUGCGGCUCGGACAUGCCGACCGGAUUUUGUGGGGCAAUCAUCAUUUCUUCAGAGUGAAUUGUCCGAAGAAUCAGAAUCAGACAACAUCAGCGUCUGAGCCGCAGACUCCCGCGCAGCCGAUCGAUUACAACUUCGCGCGUGACGAAAUCAUGCUCAAUGAGUUGAGUAACGAUCCCAUACAAACAGCUAUAUACAGGCUUGAGAAACAACAUGAGGAGGAUAAACAAGUGGCCUUGGAAAAACAAAGACAGGAGUACGAAAGACAGUUCCAACAGCUCAGAAAUAUCCUGUCACCAUCUACACCAUAUCCGCCAUAUUCCUACGAUCCGCUCAAACUUGGUAAAAUGACGGCCUGUACACCAACGACAGCAGCACGCGUAGAACGCUGGGCAGCAGAACGUGACGACACCUUCAAACGGUCUCUUGGACGACUCAAGGCAGACAUUUUAAGAGCCAAUGCGCUGGUGCAGGAAGCAAACUUCCUCGCCGAAGAGAUGAGGCGAAAUACACGGUUUAGUGUUACGCUGCAGAUACCGCCGCAAAAUCUCAGUCCUAAUAGAAAGCGAGGUGCGUUCGUAUCAGAGCCAGCUAUAAUGGUAAAGCGGCCAGGCCGAGGUGGGCAAGUGUGGUCGAUGGAGAAGUUGGAUAACAAAUUGGUCGACAUGCGCGAAAUGUACGACGAAUGGCGCCAACAGCAGCAGCGCGAGGACAAAAUCGAGGAGCACCUAGACGAGAAAACUCUCGAUCCUUUCUACGAGUCACAAGAGAAUCACAACCUGAUCGGAGUGGCGAACGUGUUCCUCGAAGCUUUGUUCCAUGACGUGACGUUGGAUUAUCACACGCCAAUCAUCAGUCAGCAAGGAGAGGUCGCUGGGAGGUUACAGGUGGAACUAAGUCGUGUUUCGGGCCAAUUUCCCCAGGACAGGAUCUGUGAAGCAGCAUCAGACAGUUCUGGCGAUAUGCGCGAUGAUGACGACUGUGUCGAACAGGCUUCACAACAGGUCACAAUAAGUGUAGUAAUCAAACAAGCUACCGGUCUGCCUCCCUCUUUAUCCCACUUCGUCUUCUGUCAAUACAACCUCUGGGGCAGUGGCGAGCCAGUGGUGGUGCCUCCCCACGUGAGCGCGGACACCCCACCCCCCAUUGCGCCGACGUCCCCUCGCCGCCAACCGCAGGUCGCGUUCCGAUUUGACCAUAAACAAGAGUUCACUGUUCCGCUCACCGAGGAGUUCAUUGAACAUUGUGCCGAGGGAGCUCUAUCCAUUGAAGUGUGGGGUCAUAGGUCGGCCGGCUUCAGCCGCGGUCGCGGUAACUGGGAGGUGGAACAACAGCAGCUGGCCAAGGCUCGGUCGUUGGCAGACCGGUGGGCUGAACUCACGCGCAAGAUUGAACUCUGGGUGGAGAUUCACGAGCUGAACGAUCAGGGAGAAUACGCACCUGUUGAGGUGGUUCAACGCAAUGAUAUGUUAACCGGUGGCGUGUACCAGUUGCGGCAAGGGCAGCAGCGGCGCGUGGCUGUACGCGUCAGGCCGGCUCAAAACUCGGGGACGCUGCCGAUCAUCUGCCAGCGUAUUCUCAGCGUUGAAGUGGGAUCAGUCAGUGUCAGAUCACGAUUGCAAAAGCCUUUGGAUUCAUACCAAGAAGAAGAUUUAGCCGUAUUACGGGAGAGAUGGAGUGACGCGUUGGCCAAGAGACGCCAACAUUUACAUGCACAAUUACAGAAAUUGGUAAACAUGUCACCAUCAAUGAAGAGUGAACGCGACAUGGAGCGGGAACAAUCACUAGUAGAACAAUGGGUAUCACUCACUGAGGAACGCAACGCUGUACUCGUACCGAGUCCGGGAAGUCCUAUCCCUGGAGCGCCCGCAGCGUGGAACCCGCCACCGGGCAUGGAGCAGCACAUUCCUGUCUUGUUCUUAGACCUUAAUGCGGACGACCUAACAACGCAUCCUUCAGGCGAGGAAGUAACCGAAGCAGGUCUUAACUCCAUCCUGCCUAAGGAACACGGCAAUAAGUUCUACGAGCUGCAGAUCCUGCACCAUCACGACAAAGAUGUUUCGGCUAUUGCGUCUUGGGACUCAUCUAUACAUGACUCGCAGUACCUUAAUCGUGCCACUGAAGCCAAUGAACGCGUGUACCUGAUUCUAAAGACAACAGUGAGAUUAUCGCACCCAGCACCCAUGGAUCUCAUUCUUAGGAAACGACUGGGGUUAAAUAUUUACAAACGACAGAGCUUCACUGACAGGAUACGGAAGAAAAUCGUUAGCUACGGACAUCCAUCGUGGGGCUAUGACUGGACCGACCAGUUAACACAGACAGGUGUGACUUACGAAGUGGUGUCGAACAUUCCGAAGGCAUCAGAGGAGCUCGAAGAGAGGGAGAGUUUGGCACAAAUCGCCGCGACUGGCGAAGAAGCUAGCGCUGCAGACGGAGAAACUUAUAUCGAGAAAUACACCCGUGGCGUAAGCGCAGUCGAAAGCAUACUGACUCUCGAUCGGUUACGGCAAAGCGUUGCAGUCAAAGAGCUGGAGCAGGCGCACGGUCAACCAAUCACAGCUCAUAUGCGCAAGACCGCCUCUGUGCCUAACUUCAGUCAGCUCUCCCAGGCCCUCGAGAUCGCCGCCAAGAACGGAACCAACCUAAUGCGUCUGGACUCAUCGUUCGAGUCUCUCGCGGGGUUAGCAGCCGUGCGCUCAGGCAGCGUGGCGGACUUGGUAGACGAGACGCCCCGCCGCUCGGUGCAUCGACACUCGUACGCUGCGCCCGCGCAUAACGAUCCCGACAUGCCUACACCGACCAAGCCAUUUGGAUUAGGCUCAUUUUUAUCAGCGCGGCCGACGUUCCUUAACUUGAAUCUGAAUCUCAACUCGCUACGACUGCAAACUCCGAGCAAGUCAUCGCCAGCGAGUGGCAAGCUCGGUCUUCGCAUGACGACGCUCCACGAGGAGCCGGGACGGCGUAACGAUGAUGAUUCACAUUCGGAGCCUGAGUCUACUGCUGCUGAUGAGAUGACGACGCCGCAGUCACAUCAGCGUACCCGAACACGUGUGACGUCUCGAGGCUUCAUCCCGGCCUCGAAGACGCUGGACUCUUUGCACGAGCUUGCGUGUGAACGCGUUCCGAACAAGAACUCGCCUUCCAUAUCUUCGAGUGGCUAUGGUUCUCAAGCAGUAUCAUCAACCAAUCUGACAAAUGAUGACACAUUAUCAAUCAGAAGCAUGUCAGUUGACGACACACCGGACUUUGACAAGACAAUGGACUACACGCACCUCAGCCGGUCUAAGAAUUUAGUGGGACUCCGGAAUGAGAUCACCGAACUCAAGAAUGAUAUAACUGAAUUAAAAAAUGAGAUUAACGAAUCAAAGAAUGAGCUGGAAGAAACAUCGUUUGAUAAAACAAAGACACCAGUUUUAACACCCGGGUCGAAAAGGAUAAAUCCAUUCUUAAGAGACUGUGAAAUGGCAACAGAGGCAGUAAAAGAACAGAUAUUAGAUCCUCUUGGAGCAAUCCCGGUUGAAAGUACUGUCCUCUCUAGUCAGAAUAAAACCAUUGAAGUUGUUCAAAUUAAUGGAGAAGGGCAUGAUAAUUCCUUCCCCGAUGCAGAUGUAGAAUCAGUAAGCUCAGAACAAUCCAGUCACGACGCAGAGAGAAGCCGCGAUGCGUCAUCGAUCGGCGAGAGUGACUCGGCCUCUCCCGGACCCGACCACACGGUUGUCAAAACGCAAUUGCCUGCUGGCAAAGUGGUCCGAAGACGAGCUGGCGGUGGUGCGUCAGCCCGAGCAGCUGCGCGGGCGUCAUUUCCCUCUGGCCGGUCGCGCGCCAAUCUCGACUCUGGGCACAACACUAGCACUCGCGCGCUGCACAACUCGCCUGGUUCUUCUACCGAGCGGAUCGUUGACGAUGAUUCAGGCGACAACGCGCGCGUGAUUGUCGUUCCCGACUGGAUGACGGUAGGCGAGAGUGUACAACAACGGUUAACGAACAGUACUGGCGUUGUUGCCUACAUUGGACCUACACACUUCGCAGGGGGACCCUGGGUCGGAGUAGAACUUGACGCGCCUACUGGCAAAAACGACGGGUCGGUAGGUGGCAAGCGGUACUUUGAGUGCAGGCCACGACACGGGAUCUUCGUGCGACCUGACAAGUUAAUACAGGAUCGGCGCGGGCGCAGCGCAAGGGCCUUCCGUGAAAACGAGCUCAAGCGAGCUACUAGCAAGGGUGAAGGCCUACACAACUUACACAGAUCAAGGAGUCGCGGUGAAAGCAUAAAUGCAGUCGGAAAAACUAGGAGCAAAUAAAUCUUUAACGUUUCAAAACCGCAACGCGUACGUAACUCCCUUUACUGUACAUGACCCGUCAACAGGAUUAACUGUUCCCGCAGAUGCGUAUAUAGCCAGCUGUGUAUCGGACCGAAUUUAAUAUAAACGUCCACAAUCCUUGAAUACUUUUAUCAAAAACGUCAAACCAACAAAACAGUCAACAUUUACAAACACACUUAUGACUGGAGAAAAAAAAGCCGAAUUGAGAGUGCAUAAAAAUUACUUUCGGUAAGAGACAAAAGAAACUAUAUCGAAACUUAACGAUAUGAUCUUCCAAGGUCCGCAGAAAGACUAUUGUUUUUAUAAUUCAACACCUUUUAAUGUAUCUGAGUUAUGAUUGGAUCGUGCGCUGAUGCAUAUGUUUAGUAUCGCAAGUUUCGAUAUGAUGAAAAAAUAACAUCUUUAAAACAAUUUGACUUGUUGUUGGUUUGACGUUAUAAUUUCAAGUUUUUGUUGCACUCUUGUAACGCUGAUGGUGCUUUGUAUGUAUCGUAGAUGUUAUUUCAUUUAUGUAUCAUUACCGUUCAUUAUCAUUACCACGACGGUAAAGCAAUAACGUUUUACUUCAUUUGUUAUCGCGCAUUUUGUUAAAAG